AUGCCUUUCACCACUGAGGAGUGGGACGAAAUAUCCCAGACCCUCCCCAAGGCUGAGGAUCCUUUCAUUUUGAAAUACAUCGAAGGUCGCGAUGCUUUGGUUUCCCAGGAGAGCAAACAGAGAAGCGAUGCCUCAUUCCGCCAGAAUCUAUCACCCAUAGCCAAAAAGGCGUGUGCCAUCGUUGAUCGUAUCCGCGAUGAAGAGAAACGGACCAUCUGGACACCUCAGCUCGAGGAUACCCUGGCCCAGGAGGCAGAAAACCACAUGACCGUUUAUCCGGGAAUGAUGUUCUCGCUCUCGAAAGAUCGAAUGGAGUCGACCAAACUCUGGAAGAUAAUCCGUCAGAUGCCGAAAGGCGCCUUGCUGCAUGCGCACAUGGACGCCAUGGUUGACUUCAACUUCUUGAUAGAUUUGUUGCUCAAGGAGCCUGGGAUCCACAUCAUGGCAGACAGGCCCUUGUCGUCGCCGAGUGCUUUGGCGAACACCAAGACCACUUUCCGUUUCCGCAAGACGGCCUUGACCGAGGGAAAUGUGUGGACGGAUGACUACAAGCCCGGUACCCUGAUUCUUCUUACACAGGCCGCUGAUGCUUUCCCUGAUGGCGGGCGCGAUGGAUUCAAGAAGUGGUUGUACUCGAGAUGCACACUCUCCCGCACGGAUGCAGUCGCACAGCAUCACGGCGUCGAUGAGAUAUGGCGCAAGUUCUACGCCUGUUUCCGGACCGUGGACUCCAUAAUUCACUACGAGCCAAUCUUCAGGAAAUUCCUGAGAAGGCUGGUAUCCCAGCUCAAGGCAGAUGGCGUCAACUAUGUCGAGCUCCGCUUCUCCUGGCAGCUGGAUUACUAUCGACAAGAUAGAGAAGAGCCCGAGCAAGACUACACGGCCAUGAUGGAUACAAUCGACGAGGAGGUCAAGGCCUUCCAGGCUACCCCUGAAGGCAAAGGCUUCUGGGGUGUCCGAAUGAUUUGGGCUACGAUUCGAUUCAACCCAACCCGUCACAUCAUCCAGGAUAUGGACAACUGUAUCACCACUAAGAUAACACACCCUCACCUGAUUGCAGGCUACGAUUUGGUCGGCCAGGAGGAUCUGGGUCGCCCACUUAAGGAUGUCCUUCCCGAGCUUUUCUGGUUCCGCAAGCAGUGCGCCGAGGAAGGAGUCACAAUCCCCUUCUUCUUCCACGCUGGAGAAUGCCUUGGCUCGGGGAGUGAGACUGACCACAACCUCUACGACGCGAUCUUGCUCGGCACUCGCCGCAUUGGUCACGGCUACAGCCUGUACAAGCACCCUCUGCUUAUCGACCUUGUCAAGGACAAGAAGAUCUUGAUUGAGAGCUGCCCUAUCAGCAACGAGGUGCUGCGUCUCUGUGGAUCAGUCAUGAGCCACCCUCUACCGGCUCUCCUUGCCAGGGGUGUGCAUUGCUCACUCUGCAACGACGAUCCGGCAAUGCUCGGACAAGAUACCGCUGGCAGCACGCACGACUUCUGGCAGUCAUUGCAGGGCUGGGAGAAUCUUGGCCUGGCGGGACUGGGAUCAUUGGCUGAGAACAGCGUGCGUUGGGCUGCAUUCGAGGACCAAGCUGCAGAGCAGUGGAGCAAGGAUGUCAAAGAGGCUACUGUCGGCAGUGGGCUCAAGGCACAGCGACUCAAGGAGUGGGCCGUCGAGUGGGAGAAGUUCUGCUUGUGGAUUGUGACAGAGUUCGGCGAAGAGUAA